AUGCUUGCGAAAUCCCUCGUCGCCGCUCUUCUCGCCGCCUCCCUGGCCAGCGCGUCCCCAGUCACCAAGCGCGACGCCGCCACGGUCCUGUCGGACCUGGAGACCAUCCUCACCGAGGUGGAAGCAGUCGAAACAGCCUUCGCAGACUGGGAUGGUGAUGCCCUGGGGGCGCUGACCCUUCUGACCUACUAUGAUGAUCUCUCGAGCGAUCUGGAGACGGCCAUCACCGACACCGAGGCCACCUCGACUCUGAGUACCUCCGACAGCAGCAGCAUCACCAGCGAAGUCGAGACUCUGGGUCCCAGCAUCCUCGCCGCUCUGGCUGCCAUCGUUGCCAAGGAAUCCGAUGCCGCAGCUGCCGGCAUCCAAAGCACCCUGCUUUCCUCCCUUGAGACCCUUGAGAGCGAGACCAACACCCUGGGUGCGGAUCUGGAGGCCAUUGCCACGACCACCGAUGCUGAGACCAUCGCCUCUGUCCUCACCGAGGUGGAUGCGGCUUUUUCUAGCGCUAUUGCUGCGUACUCUUGA